AAUUUUUCGAUAAACGACAUCAAGCUGCAUAAUCUGAUUAACAAAAGUCAUUUUAUUUUCUACAGAAUUUUACACGCAGACACACUGUCCCAGUGCUACCGCCAGCAAAUCGCCGAACAAGAGUCCCGCCACAACAGAGAAAUCAUAGAGUUACAGAGCCGCAUCGAAAAAUCCUCCAGCCCCGUCGAAACGCCGACGGUACUCCCCACCACGGCUAGGGAAGAAGGAGAGGGUUCGGAGAGUAUCGAAAGCAAUAAUCCCCCCAAGAUAUACCCGGUGCCCUUGGAAAGACUGCUCGGAUCGGAUUCUGAUCAGGAACUCGUCCAAACGAAGAAGCAGAUCGCCGAACAGGAGUCUAAACUCAUGCACUUGACGGCUCUGUUGUCCGAUACGGAGCAGGAUCUGGCGAAACACGUGCAGAUGAAUAA